GAUGGCGGUGACCGCGCUCAGUGCCCCCCCCCCCCCCCCCCCCGGCCCCGCCUCACCGGGGCCUCACCGGGGACCGGCCCCGGUCGCGCAUGCGCAGAGCGAGCUCCGGGCCCUUCCGCUUCCUGCGCGGCGAGCGCGACCGGGCGGCCCGAGCGGGGCCCGCAGCAGCCCCGGAGCGGGACCGGGCGGCCCGAGCGGGGCCCGCAGCAGCCCCGGAGCGGCCCCGCCAUGGCCAUGGCGCUCAAGAUGCUGCCCUGCAAGAAGCGCAGAGCGGCGGCGGCAGCGGCGGGGCCGCCGAGCCCCCGGGAGCGCGGGGAGGACGCGGAGCUGCCCGGAGGCUCCGGUGCUGCUGAGGGAGGCGGCUCCGCCCGGCCCGCCGGGAGGGGGCCCGGGGAGGCCUCGCCGAAGAGCGGCAGGAAAGCCCCGGUGAGGGCGGCCCCGAGCCCCGGGCAGGAGCUCCCCGCGGGGCCCGGCAGCCCGGCGGCGGCGGCGGAAGGGAAAAUCCCCAAGCUGUACUCAGAGGUGGAAGUGAGCUCUCAGAGGGAUCCGGAUCCGAGUGAGAACCCCGGGCCAGUGCCAGAAUCUGCUGCCAGAAACCCCAGCACCGUCAGGCCACCCAAGAACAGCAGAGCUGAGGAGCAGGACGGGGAGGACGUGGAGAGGAGGAAGAGGAGGAGGAAGGCGAGCAAAAGGAAGAGAGAAGUGAGGAGCCAGGAGGAGGAAGAGGGCUCCUUGUCCUGUGACAUCAAACUGGACGAGUCCCUGGACCGCACGCUGGAGGACGGAGCCAAGCAGCACAACCUGACCGUGGUCAACGUCAGGAACAUCCUGCACGAGGUGAUCACCAACGAGCACGUGGUGGCCAUGGUGAAAGCAGCCAUCAGUGAGACCGAGGAUCUUCCUUUGUUUGAGCCCAAAAUGACUCGGUCCAAGCUGAAGGAGGUGGUGGAGAAAGGAGGGGUCAUUCCCACCUGGAACAUUUCUCCAAUCAAGAAGGCAAACGAGGUGAAGCCCCCUCAGUUUGUGGACAUUCCCCUGGAGGAGGACGAUUCCUCGGAUGAGGAAUAUCGGCCCGAGGAGGAGGAGGAGGAUGAGACUGCCGAGGAGAGUUUGCUGGAGAGCGACGUGGAGAGCGCGGCGUCGUCGCCCCGCGGGGCCAAGCGGGGCCGGCGCUCGUCCGAGGAGGAGGGGGCGGCCCCGGGCGAGCCCGCGCCCCCCGCCCCCCCCAGACACGUCCGUGCCGAGGUUGUGCCCAUGGGGCCGCCGCCGCCCCCCCAGGCCCGGCCCAGCCGCGACUGCGCCUUCAUGGAGAAGCUGCACGCGGUGGACGAGGAGCUGGCGCGGAGCCCCUGCAUGGACGCCUUCCAGCCGCUGGAGGAGCACGGCCUGAUCGCCCUGCGCACGCGCUCCAAGCGGCCGCUCAAGGACGUGCCCCUGGGGCAGCUGGAGGCCGAGCUGCGCGCGCCCGACAUCACCCCCGACAUGUACGAGCCCAGCACGGGCGACGACGAGGAGUGGGAGCGCUGGCUGAGGGGGCUCAUGGACGACGACGUGGGGAACGAAGACGAAGCCGACGACGACGAUGACCCCGAGUACAAUUUCCUGGAGGAUCUGGACGAGCCGGACACGGAGGAUUUCCGGAAUGACCGCGCUGUCAGGAUCACCAAAAAGGAGGUGAACGAGCUGAUGGAGGAGCUGUUUGAGACAUUCCAGGGUGAGAUGGGCUUCUCCAGCGUGAAAGAUGAGAGGCCAGAAGAUGGAGAAGCUGUUCCAGAGUCCAGGCCAAAUUUCAACACCCCCCAGGCCCUCAGGUUUGAGGAGCCUCUGGCCAAUUUGCUGAACAAGCAGCACCAGACCGUGAAGGAACAACUGGAGCAGCUGAGAAUUAAAAAAUCCUCAAUCAAAGCCCCCCAGGAAAGUGAAAAAUGCAAAAUUCCCAAUGAGAAACCCCAGCACAGCCUUGUCCUGGACUCUGCCCAGAGGAGGCGGCUCCAGCAGCAAAUGCAGCAGCACGUUCAGCUCCUGACUCAAAUCCAUCUCCUGGCGAGUUCCAACCCUGCUCUGAGUUCAGAGGCCAGCACCACCCAGAUGUUUUUGAGCGAGCUGGGCAGCUUCGCGUGCAGCUCCCGCGUGCGCCGCGCGCCGCAGAGCGCGCCCUUCCCGAGCGCCUUCCAGCCCUGCAACCUGCAGGGGGCGCUGCGGCUGCUGCGCGACUUCCACGCGCGCGUGCCCGCCGAGGGCAGCGCCGGCCCGGCGGCCAAGAGCGGGGAGGCGCUGAAGGCGCCGGGGCGGAGCCGCCGCGCCCUGAGGAGCCGCAGCCGGCGGGGCCGCGCCCGGGGCGGCCGGGACACGGCCAAGCUGCUGCUGCUCUACGACGAGGACAUCCUGGACAGGGACCCGCUGAGGGAGCAGAAGGACCUGGCCUUCGCCCAGGCCUACCUCACCCGGGUGCGCGAGACGCUGCAGCACAUCCCGGGCAAGUACGAGGAUUUCCUGCGCGUCAUCUACGAGUUCGAGGUGGGCGCGGACAGACGGACGGCCGUGGAUCUGUUCUGCACGCUGCGGCAGCUGCUGCACGAGUGGCCGCAGCUGCUGACGGACUUUGCUGCCUUCCUGCUGCCCGAGCAGGCGCUGGAGUGCGGGCUGUUUGAGGAGCAGCAGGCCUUUGAGAAGAGCAGGAAGUUCCUGAGGCAGCUGGAGAUCUGCUUUGCUGAGAACCCUGCCCACCACCAGAAGAUCAUCAAGGUGCUGCAGAGCUGCGCCGACUGCGUGCCCCAGGAGAUCGCCGAGUUUGAUGGCUUUGAGGAGGUGUCGCUGCCGGAUGUGGAGGAGGAGGAGGAGCCCCCCAAAAUCCAUGGAGGCAGCAGGAACAAGAAGAGGAAGGAGAUUGGAGGCCAACAGCACGACAAGGAGGGGGAGUGGCCGGAGGGGCUGAAGGAAUGCUCCUGCUCCUGCUCCUGCCACGAGGGCAGCAGUGACCCCAAGCUGAAGAAGAGCAAGAGGAGGAGCUGCAGCCACUGCGGCAGCAAGGUGUGUGAAGGGAAGUUUUAUAAAAGCAAAGAUUGCCAGGAGCUCGCUGGCAGCCUCGGGCAGAGGGAGGGCAGCCCCCAGGCGGAGGGGAAGGAGCCCGGGACGCCCAGGGAGGCUGCAGAGGAGACCCUGGAGAGCAGAGAGGAGGCAGAGGAGGCCCCGGGCAGGACGAAGGCCGGCCCCAGGCGGGGGGAGUCGCUGUCCCCAGGAUCGCAGCUGGAGGGCAGGCCGGCCCCCAGCCGGCCGUGUGCCAAGCCUGCCCCUGCUGAUGCCCAGCUUCCAGAAGGUUCCGGUGCAGCCGCGGGCGCUGCCAAGGACGGGGACUCUGCUGCCAGCGCCCCCAGAUGGGCACCAAAAGCUGCUCUGGAGCUACCUCAGGAAAGCAAAGGCUGCCCUCGGCCAGGGGGGGACACGGAGGGGCUGGGCAGGGGCCUGUGCCCCCCAGGGCCCCAUCCCUGCCCGCCCGAGGGGCCUCACUCUGCGCACGGUGGCUCUGCCCCUGCUCCUGAGGGCGCCACAGAGCUCCAGGGGGCAGCAGGAGCUGAGGCUGAGUGGAGCAGCAGCCAGGGCUGCCCUGGCACAGGGCACAGAGCAGGGGGAGCUGAGGCUGAGUGGAGCAGCAGCCAGGGCUGCCCUGGCACGGGGCACAGAGCAGGGGGAGCUGAGGCCCAGCAGAGCAGCCAGGGCUGCCCUGGCACGGGGCACAGAGCAGGGGGAGCUGAGGCUGAGUGGAGCAGCAGCCAGGGCUGCCCUGGCACAGGGCACAGAGCAGGGGGAGCUGAGGCCCAGCAGAGCAGCCAGGGCUGCCCUGGCACGGCACGGCACGAUGAGCAGGGCGAAGCAGCAGGAGCUGAGCGCAGAUGGAGCAGCUCAGGCUGCCCUGGCACAGGGCACAGAGCAGGCGGAGCUGAGGCCGGGCAGAGCAGCAGCCAGGGCUGCCCUGGCACGGGGCACAGAGCAGGGGGAGCUGAGGCCCAGCAGAGCAGCAGCCAGGGCUGCCCUGGCACAGGGCACAGAGGCGGCUCUGGAGCUGCUCCUGAGGCCGGGCCCAGGGCAGGCGCCAGCAGCAGCUCCCCGGGGCAGCAGCAGCAGCAGCAGCAGCAGCAGCAGAGGGAGCCCAGAGCAGCAGCAGCAGCAGCCCCGGGGCACAGGGAGGAGCAGCAGCGAGGGACAGAGGCCACCGUGUGUGCCAAGAACAGCAAAGUCAGCUCCACUGGGGAGAAGGUUGUGCUCUGGACCAGGGAGGCCGACAGAGUCAUCCUCACCACGUGCCAGGAGCGGGGAGCCCACCUGGACACCUUCCACGCCAUCUCCCAGAAACUGGGCAACAAAACUGCCAGUGAGGUGUCGCACAGGUUCCGGGAGCUGAUGAGGCUCUUCCACACCUCGUGCCACGGCAGCUCCGAGGAUGAGGAGGACGCCACCAGCACCAGCAACACCGACCAGCUGUCAGACAAAGACCUCCUGCUCUCUGAGGAGGAACCUGACGACUGAGGUGAUCAAACCACUGACUGCUCCAGGAAAGGGGUUUUUAUUUGCUGCUAGACAGGUGCUGUGGAAAAAUGUUUGCACAGGUACUUGGGACAGCACCUUAAUUUUUGGGGUUUUUUUUGGUUCAAUUUCCAGCCUGUACCAAACCAAAGGCAGGAAGUAGAAUGAAAAAAUUCUUUAGAACUCGCUCCCCUGGGGAGUUUCAGCAGUGGAAUAACAGAACUUGUGGACACUGAUCUGGCCUUGGGGCCUCAGCCCAGGACCUGUAAAUAUUGUACCCUGAAAUGUCACUUUUCACGUGACUUUUUCUAAGUUCUCCCCUCUUGUGCUGAUUGUAUGUGAGAUAGUUACAGUCUGAAUUUUCUAUUUAUUGUGUGGGUUUAUUUGAACAGGCAGAGCAAAUCCAAUUUGCGCAGCUGAACAAAAAAGAAAAUAAACCCAACCAAAAAGCA